CGUGCGCCGAUUCCUCCUCCACGCUGACAGCCACCGGCACUCGCCGCUGCCGCCGACAUGGUGCUGGACCUGGACCUGUUCCGCGCCGACAAAGGCGGGGACCCCGCCGUGGUGCGUGACAUGCAGAUCAAGCGCUUCAAGGACCCGGGGCUGGUGGACGCUCUGGUGCAAGCGGACGCGGCCUGGCGGCGAUGUCGAUUUCGCACAGAUUACCUGAACAAACUGAAGAACCUUUGCAGCAAAACGAUAGGUGAGAAAAUGAAGAAAAAGGAGCCUGUAGGAGAUGAUGAGUCUCUACCAGAAAGUGCACAAAAACUUGAUGAUCUCACUGCAGACAUACUAGCGGGUCUUCGGGUAUCCCAGAUCAAGAAAGUUCGGAUUCUCAUUGAUAAUGCUAUCCUGAAGUGUGAUUCAGAGCGGGUGAAACUGGAAGCACAGAGGUUUGAAAACCUGCGAGAAAUUGGAAACCUCCUCCAUCCCUCUGUGCCCAUCAGCAACGACGAGGAUGUGGAUAACAAAGUAGAAAGGAUAUGGGGAGACUGCACAACGACAAAAAAGUACUCCCAUGUUGACUUAGUGGUGAUGGUGGAUGGCUACGAGGGAGAAAAGGGGGCCAUAGUAGCUGGAAGCAGAGGGUACUUCCUUAAGGGUGCCUUGGUCUUUCUUGAACAGGCUCUAAUUCAGUAUGCCCUGCAGACACUGGCAAAGAGUGGGUACACCCCCAUCUACACCCCCUUCUUCAUGAGAAAAGAGGUGAUGCAGGAGGUUGCUCAGCUCAGUCAGUUUGAUGAGGAGCUUUACAAGGUAAUUGGCAAGGGUAGUGAGAGAUCGGAUGACAGCUCCAUUGAUGAGAAGUACCUCAUUGCAACAUCUGAACAGCCAAUUGCAGCUCUCCACAGGGAUGAGUGGUUGAAGCCAGAGGAUCUGCCCAUCAAAUAUGCUGGGCUGUCUACAUGUUUUAGGCAGGAAGUUGGCUCCCAUGGCCGUGACACUAGAGGCAUCUUCCGCGUUCACCAAUUUGAAAAGAUUGAGCAGUUUGUCUAUGCGUCACCUCACGACAACAAGUCAUGGGAAAUGUUUGAUGAAAUGAUUGCAACUGCUGAGCAGUUCUACCAGUCGCUGGGCAUUCCUUACCAUAUUGUGAAUAUUGUCUCAGGCUCUUUGAAUCAUGCUGCCAGUAAAAAACUGGACCUGGAGGCUUGGUUCCCAGGCUCUGGUGCAUUCCGCGAGCUUGUGUCCUGCUCAAAUUGCACAGACUACCAGGCACGUCGGUUACGGAUUCGCUACGGUCAGACCAAGAAAAUGAUGGACAAAGUGGAGUUUGUACAUAUGCUGAAUGCCACCAUGUGUGCUACAACCCGCACUAUCUGUGCCAUCCUGGAGAACUACCAGACAGAAGAAGGGAUCAUCAUACCUGACAAACUGAAGGACUUCAUGCCACCAGAUCUAAAAGAAAUGAUUCGGUUUGUGAAACCUGCUCCCAUUGAUCAGGAACAGUCCAAGAAACAGAAGAAGCAGCAAGAGGGAGGCAAGAAGAAACCGGCUGGAGGUGACAGUGCCCUGGAACAGCAAAUGCAGACCAUGGGUGUAGAUGAUGCCUAACCCCACCUCAUCCCAUUGGCAGGCAGCCUGGUUUUAGCAAACCACUUCACUUGGCCUGAACUUGCCCAUGUGUAAUGUGCGGAAAAUACUGAUUUCACCUACCUUGCAGAGGAUCCAUCCAUGCCUGCCCAGCACUUUCAGCUGCAGCUAGGAGUGCUAGGCAAUAUUCUUCCCAGGAACCACGUCUCUUCAACUAUUAGGCAGAAUAUAUGGCUUCCUUGGAGACCCUCACCCCAAAUCUGACCAAAGGGGACAAAGUGGUGAUAUCAUAUUCAUCCUCAUGUAACAGAACACUGUUCCCCACCUGAAUAUCACAGGGUAAGAGAUAAAAAGGGAAAAAUAUGGAUAGGCUCUCAAGUUCCGUGUGCAGUUUUACUGUAUUGGUAAGCUAUUUGCAUGGAUGUAGGCUUUUAUCUUGGAUUCAGUACAAGGCAAUAAAUCAAACUAUUGAGAAAGCAA